AUGAAGUUCUUCGUCGUGAUCGUGUUUUGUGCAAUCUUCUUAUCUGUCUCUGGGGAUUCGGACAAUAUGCAGGACACAUGUCCCACGGCUCCGGGAGAACAGAGCAUCUUCUUCAUCAACGGCUAUCCUUGCAAGAACCCGACCAAGAUUACCGCUCAGGAUUUCAAGUCCACCAAACUUACAGAAGCUGGAGAUACAGACAAUUAUCUCCAGUCGAAUGUCACAUUGCUCACUGCAUUAGAGUUUCCAGGUCUCAACACUCUUGGCCUCUCGGUCUCACGGACUGAUCUUGAAAGGGACGGAUCUGUGCCGUUCCAUUCGCAUCCGAGGUCAUCUGAGAUGCUCUUUGUGGUCAAAGGAGUCGUGUUUGCUGGAUUUGUGGAUACUAACAACAAGAUUUUUCAAACGGUUCUGCAAAAAGGCGAUGUUUUUGUCUUCCCUAAAGGAUUGCUUCAUUUCUGCUUGAGCGGUGGCUUUGAACCAGCCACCGCUUUCUCGUUUUACAAUAGCCAGAAUCCUGGAGUCGUGAAUAUUGGAGAAGUUUUUGGGAUCGAUCAAGAGCAUAUAAAGAUCAUGACGAGGUGUUUAGCUACUGGCUCUGGCUGUAGGGUCACUGACGGUGAUGAGCUUUAG